CCAGGGGGAUAAAUGACCGAGAACAGAGCCUCAUGUCAUGCAUCACCAGCCGAACUGGCUAGUAAGUUUUAAUAAACACCCGCCAAAAUAAAUUUUAACCCGCAUUUGGCGGGUUGGCGGGUGUUAAUUUAGAACCCUGACUGUGUGUACUAAUUGUCUCAGUAAACAUUUACCUGCUGUUGAUAUCUGUAUUUAAAAGUGAUAAACAACAGUAUUCAGCUUGACAAAACUGACAUUCUUGGAUAGUAGUAAGCAGAUGUGUCAACAAAAAUGUAGAACAAGAUUUUAAUUUGUAUAUUCCAAAGGUUGACUGGAUUGGUGAAAAACAUUUAAUUAUUUUGACCAGUAGCUUACAUCUCACAUAAUGACAAAAUAAAGUUUAACUCUAGGUUUUAAAGCAUGAAGUGUGUGGAUUACUAAAGUGUGCAGACUUUGAGUAGUUGUGUGAGGUUCCCCCAAAAAUUAUUUAUCCGUAAAUGCAGCAUGUGUGUGUAUUACCAAAAAUAUCCAACAGGUGGCAAUCAUCCACUGAAGUGUUUUCUAGUUUGCCAGACACAGAUACAAAAAGAACAAACAGAGUAUGCGCAGAAGACAGUUGUGUGUUGCCAAAUCCGCGGUUUUUAAGGAAUACUUUUAAACUGUUUAGCGGAAUUCCUCUUCUUUUGUUAAGUCUGUGCUUCAAAGCGAUUUCUUCAAGAGGCAAAUUCAAACAAAACGAAACCGCUAUAGGCUAAUAUUGAUUAGCAAUUCGGCUUGUUUUGUUUACCACACCUGGCAACCCCACCAGCUAAAGCUAAAGCUAAAAUGUUAAACGUUCAUCUUGAGUAUAGAGUGAAAAUCUCAAAUGAAGGUAAAGUUAAUUUACUGUAAAUUGUUUCUGAAUUCCACAACAGUCCACCAAUGAAGGUUAGCAAUAUUCCCAUCAUCCCAUCGGAAGAGGAACUCUUGCUCUGUAACAUACGUAUGUAAAGACUGAGUUAAUUAAAGAGGAGAUUGAUGACAUGAGUGAUCCAGAAACAUCCAGAAUGAAUCAUGAAGAUACUGAGGAACCAACAGAUUGGAUGGAGGUGAAAGAGCAAAGGCAGGAAUUAAAUGAGGAGGUGGAGCAUUGUAGCUUCAAAACUCAAAGAGGAAAAUCAAAGAAGCAGCACACCUGCUCACAGUGCGGAAAGACUUUCACACUUAAAUCAAGUCUCAGUAAUCAUAUGUGGCACCACUCUGGAGAAAAACCAUUUAACUGUGAUACAUGUGGUAAAAAAUAUACUUCGAUAUCAAACCUAAGAGCUCACAUGAAACUUCAUUUAGAUAAACCUUAUGUUUGUUCUAUCUGUGGAAAGACUUUCACACUUAAAUCAGGUCUCAGUAAUCAUAUGUGGCACCACUCUGGAGAAAAACCAUUUAACUGUGAUACGUGUGGUAAAAAAUAUACUUCGAUAUCAAAUCUAAAUCUUCACAUGAAACUUCAUUCGGAUAAGAAGACUUAUGUGUGUUCUGUCUGUGAAAAGACUUUCUCUCAGCUUAACUAUUGUAAUCGGCAUCAGAAAACACACGAUGAAGUGAGAGAUCACAUGUGUUGUGAGUGUGGGAAGAGCUUUACUACAGUUGGACAGCUGAAGCAGCAUCAGCGAAUUCACACUGGAGAAAAACCUUACAAGUGCUCAUAUUGUGACAAGAGCUUCUCUCAACCUGGAAGUCUGAAAUCACACGAGCGAGUUCAUACUGGAGAAAAGCCGUAUCGAUGCACUCAGUGUGGAGAGAGUUUCAAAUAUUCAACAGUUCUCAAUGAACAUCUUCACAUUCACUCUGGAGAAAAGGCAUUUAACUGUGAUCAGUGUGGUAAAGAGUUUUAUUCACCAUCACAACUGAAAAGACACCAGAGAAUCCAUACGAACUGGAAGCCUUAUGUGUGUUCUUAUUGUGGGAAGAGUUUUUCACUGUUGCCCAGGUUUAUUCUUCACCAGAAAUCACACACCGGUGAGAAAAAUUUCAUGUGUAGUGAGUGUGGAAAGAGAUUUACUACAUCUAGUCAACUAAAAUGCCACCAAAGAGUUCACACUGGAGAAAAACCAUACAAGUGCUCAUACUGUGAGAAGAGUUUCUCCCAGUGGACACAGCAGAAAUCACAUGAACGGAUUCACACCGGAGAGAAGCCGUACAUUUGUACUCAGUGUGGAGACAGUUUUAGAAAUUCAAACUCUUUAGUGCUUCAUAUGAAAAAGCAUUUUCCAUCGAAUCCCAUACAUUCCUCCAGUUAGUUAGUUUUUCAGGUGCUUUAAAGACAUGACAAAUAUUCAUACAUUUAGAUCGGCAUCAAUAAUUGCAUUGUUUCUACAUUUGUUUAAAACUGAGAAUGGUGCAAAACAGCAUGAAGAAAAACAAAACAUUGUAACUGAUAAAGAAACAGGUGGCACUGAAGAUUAAAAAUGUAUUAGUAAAAGUCAAUAAAAUAUGAGUGCUUCGGAAACUUAUAAGCCAUUUUCCUAUAUAAGCAUAUUUAAAUGUUAAAUUAUGUUAGAUUCAGAUUAAGUAAAUGUUUAAGGUACAAUAAACAAGUUUUUUAAAUUCUGAACUGCUGAAA